AUGGAGCCCAUCGCCUUCUUCGCCAUCUUCCCCUUCAUCGCGCAAAUGGUGCAGCGCAACGGCAACCUGCCCACGUCCGACGUCGGCUUCUACAGCGGCCUCAUCGAGUCGCUCUUCUCCGCCACGCAAAUGGUGGUGCUCUACUUCUGGGGCCACCUGGCCGACACCAUCGGCCGCAAGCCCGUGCUGCUGUGGACGCUCAUCGGCAUGGCCGUCGCGACCUUCUUCUUCACCGUCGCCACCACCAUCUGGCAGAUGAUUCUGUUCCGCUGCCUCGCCGGCGUCUUCAGCGGCUCCGGCCUCGUCAUCCGCACCAUGCUCUCGGACCACACCACCUCCGAGACGCAGGCCGUCGCCUUUAGCUGGUUCGCCUUUGCCAACAACGUCGGCAUCUUCCUCGGCCCCAUCAUCGGCGGCGCGCUGGCCGAUCCCGCAGAGCAGUUCCCGGGCGUCUUUGGCGGCAUCCCGCUCUUCGAGGACUACCCGUACCUCCUGCCCGGCGUGGCCAUCACCAUCAUCAACAUUGUCAGCAUCGCCCUCUCCGCGCUCUACCUCGAGGAAACCCUCGAGCCCGAAGACUCUCAUCACCCAACAACCACUCCCGGCGGCGUCGGCGGCAGCGCCUCCUCAGCAUCAGCAACGACGCCGUCAAGCCGACCGCACCGGCUGUCCACCCGGGAGCUCCUCAAGGCCCCCGGCGUCGGCAUCGUCAUCUGGGUGUACACGCACGUCAUGUUCCUCGCCUUCGCCUUCACCGCCAUCCUGCCCGUCUACCUCUUCACCCCGGUCCGCCUCGGCGGCGUCGGCUUCUCGCCCUUUCAAAACUCGCUCUGGAUGGCCGUCCAGGGCGCCAGCCAGGCCACCUGGCUCAUCGUCGCCUUCCCCUUCCUGCAGCGCCGCAUCGGCACAAAGGGCUCCAUGAAGGCCUGCGUCGCCGUCUACCCGCUCUUCUUCCUCGGCUACGUCGUCAUGAACCUCCUGCUGCGCAUCCACACCGAGCCCGCCCUCGCCGCCUUCUGGAUCGUCUGCCCCAUAGUCGCCGUCGUCGGGCCCGGCGUCUCCAUGGCCUUUACCGCGGUCCAGCUCGCCCUCAACGACGUCUCGCCCAACCCGCACGUCAUGGGCACCCUCAACGCCCUGGCCAUGACCGCCGCUAGUGCCAUCCGCUCAUUCGUCCCGGGCGUUUCCACCGUCAUGUUUGCGGUUGGCGUGCGGAACCAGAUCCUCUUGGGGCAUCUCGUCUGGGUCAUUUUGAUUCCUAUUGCCAUGUCGCUGUCGAUUUUUGUCAGGUGGCUGCCGGAGGAUAAGCAGUCGCACAAGAUUCUCCGUGAAGAGGAGGAUGAGUGA